AUGACAACUGAUGAUGAAUUUGAAGGAUCAAGAACAUUAGUGUUGGAACACUCAUUUCAAUCUGGGAAAGCACAGUUUACUAAAAGGGGCACCAUCAUAAUUCAGUCUUUAAAAGGCAACAAGGCACAAUUCACAGCUGGAUCUUCUCUCUCGCAAUCUGAAAUCCAGCAGCUUAAGUCCUUGGCAAAGGGAAAUGGUUUGUACAAAAUCAGGAUUCCAACCAAAACAGCUGGAGAGACAAACCUUGCAUUUGUAUCUUCUGUCACCAAAGCUUGCAGCAUUGUAGAAUCUGGGCUUGAAGAUGAAAUCACUGUACAUUUUGACCAGUCAGGAGAAGUGCUGGGUGUGAGUAUACGAGCGCUCAUCCCCGCCUGCUCAGGUCUUGAAAUGCCUGAUGCUAAUUUAACAUCAUGGAGAACAAAUGUGGAGGUGUCUACAACAGUUUCAGGACCCUCGUAA